CAAUGGAUAGUAAAUGUUUCUCUAACCUCCCGGAAAUGCUGCCUGUCUGCGGCGACUCUCCCCACUUGCACACGACUCAACCUUUUUACCUGGACCCCAUCGUCGCCUUCCACCUGUACCCAGAGGCUCCCGUCCAGGCCCCUUAUUCUGACGAUCUUCCACUUCUCUCUCUGAUGGACGACUCGCUCCUCCCUGAAAACUACAGCGAACCCUGCCCCUUUGCUCUUCAAGCUCCUUACUCUAAUUUCGAGGUGGACGAGUCCUCCUACGGGCCGGCCUUCAUUAGGAAAAGGAACGAGAGGGAAAGACAGAGAGUGAAGUGCGUCAACGAAGGGUAUGCCCAGCUGAGACGUCACCUGCCCGAGGAGUACCUGGAGAAGAGACUCAGCAAGGUUGAAACCCUCAGAGCCGCCAUCAAGUACAUCGACCACCUGCGAUCCGUUCUGUCAGGGGAUGGAGCCGCGGCGAAGGAUCUUGGAGGGAAAGUCCAGGCGACGGUGGCAACUCUUAAUCACCAAACUGACCCCAUCUUUCGAAUCGUCUGAGCAGAAUCCGGAUCAUUGAAAAUAAAACCUCCAAAACUCCUCUUUGCCUAAAAAGCAGAGAAAUGACUCGUUCCCAGAUGAGCCCAACACUGAGAUCAUCCCCUCCGCGCAGUUAACUCCUUGAAAUCUGGCCUCUCUCUGGCCCCAUUUCUCCAUCACUGCACACAUGCACUGAAUUUUCAGCCCCCUUUUUGCCUCUGUAUUUACAGACAGAUGUGGUCCUGUGUUCUUUGGGCUUUAUAUACCUAUGCCAGUGUUGUGCAAAUGACAUUUUAUCCAGAUAAAGAGCCUGAAUCUUGUGGCAUUAAAGUGCAUUGAUUAGUAGAGUUAGGGAUUACUCAAUUGUGGUAUUUGUUAAGCACUUACUA